AUGAGUGCUGGUACAGAGACCAGACCGUUGCUGCCGCAACAAUACGGGAACGGGAUGCAGCAAAAUUACUCCUUUGCGCCUCCCAAUAUGGGCGUCGGCGCUGAUAAGAAGAACUUUGUUUUCGUUGACGAGCACAAUCGGCACAAGAGACUGAAAGUCAUGAGGGCUUGUGAAGGAUGUAGGAGGAGGAAGAUCAAGUGCGAUGCUGUCACGACUAAUCAGUGGCCGUGUGCUUCCUGUGUCCGUCUCCGGGCAAAUUGCAUGCCUCCAACCAUCAGCCAUGACCGCACUCAUGGAGGCGGCAGUCAGCUCCAGGGACUCGAAAGAGUCCUUGACUUCGAUCAAUCUGAUGGCAGUGGCGAGGACGACUACAACUUCGAAGCAGGCACUUCGCAGCUCUUCGACCUACAAAAUGCCUCCACACACACGCAAGGACCCUACAGCGCUGGUCUCGGACCCUUUAGUACACCGCCAUUCUCCGAGAAAGCCUAUAGCCAGCAUGAGCUAGGAUAUGACGAAGUUCAACCGAUGCCUUUGCAGGCAUCGGACUCGUUGUAUAACGCUCAAGAUGUAUACUACCCGCCACACAAUGCUUCUCUGCCUACAGAUGGUGUUAGCAUCUGGAACAACGAGCACAUCAACGCCACGGACCUUAGUAAUCUCAUGGGCGGGCUUGGUAUUGCAAACGACGGCGUCGCUAGUUACAUAUCUAAUCAAAAAAAGGCUCUGGCUGAUACUCCUGCCUACGAAGAUGUCGAAAUAAGGCUACCGGAGACUAAACCCUUUGGUACUGUCAGGAUUCCUCAAGCGCUCAUGCCGUCAAAAGAGCGAUGCCUAGAAUUGUUUGAGCUAUUCUUCCAACAAGUACAUCCGUACGUUCCUGUGCUCAGCAAGCCAUACUUCUAUGAGCAAUGGCGACAUAAACCCGAAUCUAUUUCGCCGCUCAUUCUGGAGGCGAUCUUUGCCUGUGCUGGGAGUGUGUCUUCUGAUGAUGAUGCCGAAGGAGCUCAAUGGCUUGCGUUGGCUGCCAAGCACGAGGAUUGCUUUAUGGACACUCCCCGAUUAAGCACACUCCAAGCCAUGUUGCUGUUGUUGAAAGGCCGAGAGGCUGCUCCUAAAAGAGGUUAUUAUUUUCGUUCGUGGAUGACUGUCAAGAAAUUGGUUACCUUUGCUCUUGAGCUCAAGCUUGACAAGCAUUAUAGUGAGCAUCAAGUCCCAGGUGGAACAUGCACUUCGGACCUAACAGAAUGCUUCAUCAAAACACGGCUAUGGCAAAUAAUUUUUGCUUGCGAGAUGAUGAUUGGUGGUCCUCAAGGCCGGAGAGACAUGCAAGUACAGCCAUCGACUGUAGACCUCACUGUGCUGAAGCCUACACCUGGUCUCGAUAACUCUGACUACCGCACAUCACGGCAAUUUACCUUCCUCGUGUCAAUGAUCCAGACUGUACGGCGCAUGCAUGAUAUCAAGGAAGCUUGUACCACCAAUGAUUGGAUGUCUGACCCCAAUUUCGUGGCUUUGGAGACCAAGCUCGCGCAAUGGGUCGAUGGACUUCCGCGAGACCUUCAAAUUGACUGGCCUAAAGACGAUAGCCCGCCCUGGUUACCGAGCCACUUUGUGGGGAAUAUGCAUACAUAUUACCAUCUGACUGUGAUCAUGCUUCGCAGACCCCAGCUGUCGGUCCCGGGCGCUUUUGCUGAUGGUAGUUGGAAGAGGCAGAUGUUGAUAUCUUAUGCCUCGGCCAAGGCCAUGUGCCGAUUACAACAAGGUAUCUUUAAACAAUUCGGACUGCCAGGAUUGAUGUGCAUGCAGCGCGGCAUCAACUUUGUCAUAUAUGCUGUUCUGACCUGCGCCCUCAUACAUUUGGUGGCCAUCACCUCACCGGAUCCAGAGCUCAACACUGACGCAAGGGACUAUUUUGCGCGGCACAUGCGCAUACUCGAACAGUGCAUGGAAGCUUGGCCCAUGCCAGAAAUGCAGAUGCAGGUUAACCAGCUCAGAGAAGCGUUUUCCGCAGAUGUUAACAGGCCCUUUGAGUUGAAAAGGGGAUUUCCUUUUGAAAGUCCAAGCCCAAGUGCAGGAGGGCUACAGCCCAGUCCCCCCCUUGAUACAAAUAUACAGCAUCCCAUGCUGACUCGCCAUGAAUCCCUCGGGCAUCAAACCCAGAUGCCAUACCACACAGCGCCGAUCACCCCACCCAUCUCGUCGGCUGGCUUGAGCUUCGAGGACUCCAAGGAUGGUCUCCUAAUGUCUGGCUCGAUGCAGAUGAUGGCAAGCAGUCAGCAGCAAUCCAUGCCAAUGCAUACCACGCCAAUGAGUAUUGGGCAGGAAUGGAACCCUACUCCCAUUAUCGCUCAGUGGAACAAUGCAUUCGGACCGGCGGCCGAUUCGACAGUGCAGAGUAAUAUAUCUAUACCUCAACAGUCUCCACAAAUGUAUACUCCCUCAAGUUCUUCUCAACCGUCUCACACCUUCUACCAGCAACCGGCGUCCUAUCCCGUGCACUCAAGCAUGCCAUCUUUAUCCAGGCAUCAAACAGCGCCACAGUUGCCUGUCUAUACGGCUCCAGCGCCUUCCUUCGUCACAUCAAGCAUGUGGCGAGAUACCGUCGCUAGCACAUAUGAUCCUGCCGGAAACAAGCGACGCUGGGACUUGGAAGAGAACGGGACGUUCCAGAUGGACAAUCCUAUCCAGAAAAAGAGGUCGAAAUAG